GUGCCUUAUCUGCUUCCUGUUAGUGCAGGAUAUAUAGCAGGGCUGCCUGCUCAUCAUGCUGCCUUUCCCUGUAGGAUGAAGGCAGAAGUAAAGCACGGCUAACGGCACCAAAAUUGCAGCCUCUCUCGCCACCCCUUUUGUGUGAAGGGUCCUGCCUGUGAAAGCCUGAAAAUGCAUCCUCCUGGAUUGCUGUUUUUCUUCCUAGCAGCAUGCUUCACUCCCACAGCUGACUGCCAGAGUCAGAAGUUAAGAUCCAUGCGAUGCAAUGUCAUGACGAAGUUCACCUUGAAUACAGCAUGUACUUCUUGUGCUGCAGUGCCUAAAAUGUUGUGUCCAAGAGGCUGGUUCAAGAUCACCCCAAGAUCAGGGGUGAGGGGCUGCAGAUACUCUGUCAAGUUAGGAGAAAAUACCCUUUCCCUGCCAGGGUGCCAUCACGCGUGUAAGAAGGAAAUUGAGGAGAAAAAGUGCUGUCCAGGAUUCUGGGGUACAGAGUGCUAUGAGUGUCCAGGUGGCUCUGAAAAUCCCUGCAAUGGCCAUGGGACAUGCUUGGAUGGUAUACAGCAAAAUGGGACCUGCAUCUGCAAGGAGCAAUACAGUGGGUAUGGCUGCCAGAAUUGCCGGGAUGAAAAUCGUUUUGGCCCAGGCUGUCAGUCAGAGUGUGACUGUGUGCACGGGGAAUGCGACAGCGGCGUCGCUGGGAACGGGAGCUGCACGUGCUACGGAGGCUACACAGGCCCCAGGUGUGACCAAGAGCUCCCCCUUUGCAAAGGCGUGACGUGCGAGGCCAACAGCGAGUGUGUGGUGAGGGAUGGGACAGCUGUGUGUGACUGCAAGCUGGGCUACAGGAAACAGGGCAGCACUUGCCAAGCUCAGGAUCCUUGUACUCCUUCUCCAUGUUCCCCCUUUGCUGUAUGUAAAGUUCUUGGACCACGUGCAUAUGAAUGUACCUGCAAAGAAGGAUUUCAAGGAGAUGGAAAGGUCUGCCAGCCCAUCAACCCUUGUGUUGACAGCAAUGGAGGCUGCCCAGAAAACUCUACAAUUUGUGUUUACAGACGUCCAGGAGAGGCAACUUGUGUUUGCAAGCCUGGGACAAGCAGGAGAAGUCCUUCAUCUGAGUGUUUGGCGUUUCCCAGCGACUGCCGGCAGUACCUUUGUGACGUGACUGCCACGUGUGAAAUUAACUCUCAGGGGACUCCUAGCUGUGUGUGUAAAGAAGGGGAGAUUGGAGAUGGGAGAAGUUGCUAUAAAGAUCUGUUGGGUGAGAUAAAUCAGCAUAAUUUGCGAGGAAGGUUAACUAGGAAGCUCAACGUCGCAAAGAAAAUGUUUGCUUCUGGGUGCUCCACAUUGCUGACUAAAUAUGGGCCCUUCACAGUCUUUGUACCAUCUCUUCUUCCCAUUCUUGACAGAAUGGAAUUCAAUGACACCACUGCUGAGCAGUUGUGCAGAAUGCACAUUGUUCCUGGUCUGCACUUGAUAGAAGACAUGAUAAAAGCCAAGACUAUGUGGACCUUGUCAGGACAUCAGCUGACAUUCACUAGCCAAACAUACAUCAAAUCCUUCCGGUAUCAAGACCUGCCAGGGGAACUGUACAACAUCAUGCAAUCAAAUCUCCCAGCAGCCAAUGGCAUCAUACAUAUUGUCAACAGCCUCAGGAAAAAACCCAGCUCUGACAACCUCAGAAACCCACAGAAAACCAUUGGUGAGAUCCUUGCUUCGAUGGAGAUCUUCAGUAGAUUUGAAACUAUACUGGAGAACUGUGGCCUGCCUGCAAUACUGGAUGGACCAGGCCCCUUCACUGUGUUUGUACCCAGCAAUGAUGCUGUGGAUAGGCUGAGAGAUGGAAGGCUCAUUUAUCUUUUCACAGAGGGCAUAAAUAAGCUUCAGGAGCUGGUGAAACAUCACAUCUACACUUCAGCAGCGGUGACUGUAGAGCAGCUGAUCAUGAUGCCACACAUCGUUACCAUGGCUAACCAGAUACUCACCAUCAACAUUAGUGCAGAUGGAAGAAUUCUGAUGGAUGAACCAGGGAUCCCCUUGAACAUGCGAGACAUUGUGGCUUCUAAUGGCAUUAUUCACACUUUGGAUGGCAUCUUCAUCCCUCCGUCAAUCGUUCCCAUUUUGCCUCACAGAUGCAAUGAAGAGCAACAUAAGAUUGUGAUGGGCUCUUGUGUGGAUUGUGAGGCCCUCAACAACAGCAUUUGCCCACCUGGCAGCAAGGAAAUGGAAUCAACGCUCUCCCCAAAGGAGUGUGUUUACAUCCAUGAUCCACAGGGCCUGAACGUCCUGAAGAAGGGGUGUGCCAAGUACUGCAAUCAAACCAUCACGAAACCUGGAUGCUGCAAAGGCUUCUUUGGCCCAGACUGCAUACCAUGCCCAGGGGGAUUUUCUAGUCCAUGCUAUGGCCGGGGAAAUUGCAGUGACGGUAUUCAAGGGAAUGGCAACUGUAACUGCUUUGAAGGUUUCAAAGGCACAGCCUGCCACAUCUGUGCAAACCCAAACAAGCAUGGCGAGAACUGUGAUGAAGAUUGUGGCUGUGUCCACGGUGUCUGUGACAACAGGCCUGGCAGUGGCGGGGUGUGUCAGUCCUGGUCCUGCAAGGAAGGCUACACUGGGAAAUUCUGUGACAGGACAUCCAAGAACUGUGGCCCGAGUGGGCUGUCCCAGUACUGCCACCAGCACGCUGUCUGCAGCCUCAAUGACACAGCAAGGUGCAUCUGCAUGGAUGGAUAUGAAGGGGAUGGGUUUUCCUGCCAGCCCGUCGACCUGUGCCUUCAGCCAGAACGGGGAGGUUGUUCACAGAAUGCCCUGUGCACCAGUACAGGCCCUGGCACUGCCACCUGCCAGUGCAAUGUGGGCUGGACUGGAGAUGGCAAGGCCUGUGUGCCCAUAGACAACUGCAUGCUGGAGAGCAGAGGGGGCUGCCACCUCAACGCCGACUGCGUCUACCUCGGCCCUGGACAGAGUAAGUGUGUCUGCAAGAGGGGCUAUGCUGGCGAUGGCCACAGCUGUGAUGCCAUCAACCCGUGCCUCAUGGACAAUGGUGGCUGCCACGACCUGGCUACGUGUGUACCUCUUGGUGGAGGGGAGAGAUCCUGUGUUUGCUCUGAAGGCUAUGUCGGGGAUGGCAUGACAUGCUAUGGGGACAUUCUAAAAGAGCUGGCCAGGAAUUCCCACUUUGCAGGCUUCUACGACUGGGUUAAGAAAUCUCUCUUCAGCAUCCCAGCAGGAGCCAAUGUCACUGUCCUGGUGCCAUCAGAGGCAGCUAUCAAGAACUUGAGCAAUGCUGAUAAAGAUUUCUGGUUGAGCCCUUACACGCUGCCAUUUUUAGUCAGAGCCCACUUCCUUGAAGGUGUCUUCACUGCAGAAAAGCUCAAAAAGCACGAUGGGCCAGAAUUACCCACUCUCAACCCACAGACCAGAUGGCAGAUAAACACCACGAGUGGUGUAUUGACCAUCCAGAAUGCAAGUGUAGUUGUCAGUGACAUCCCUGCCAGCAAUGGCAUCAUCCAUGUGCUCAGUAAGGUUUUGUUGCCGGCCCCAGGGGAUAUCCCCCCCAGCCCCCCGGGUCUGCAGGAGCAGCUCAGCACUGUGGCCUCCUUCAGCACCUUCAAGGAGUUGCUAGAGGAGUACCAGCUGAUUGGGAAAGUUGAGUCCUCUGAACGAUACACAGUUUUUGUUCCUGGAAACAAUUCCAUUGAGGAGUACUGCCGUGCUGCCAAUGUGACCCAGCUGGACAAUGAAACAGUGCAGUACCACAUUGUACUGGGAGAGAAGCUCUUGCCUGCAGACUUGAGAAGUGGAGUCCAUAAGAACAGCAUGCUAGGGCUCUCCUACUGGCUGAUGUUUUACCAAAACAGCACUCAGAAGUUUGUCAAUAAUAUUCCUUUGGAUGGAAAAUCCUUUGAGACGAAGAACGGCAUCCUGAUCGGGGUGUCCCAGGUGCUCCAGGUCCAGAAGAAUCGCUGCACGGCCAAUACCACCACUGUCCUGAAGUCAAGGUGUGGCAAGUGCGAGAAGGGGAUCAAGUGUCCUUCUGGAUCAGUCCUUGUGGAACCCCCUGGAAGCAGGAAUCUUGCUCGCUGUGAAUUGCGCUCGGCAGGUGCAAGAAUACUGGGCUGCCAUUUCACCUGUGCUAAAGUUUCUCUGAGAUCCGUCUGCUGCCCCGGCUACUACGGCCACAUGUGCGAGAUGUGCCCCGGGCAGCCGGGCCGGUGGUGCUCGGGGCACGGGGAGUGCCAGGACGGCGUCCAGGGCAGCGGGGAGUGCCGCUGCCUGGAGGGCUUCCACGGCACCGCCUGCGAGAUGUGCGAGGUGGGGCGCUACGGAGCCGACUGCACAUCAGAAUGUGGCUGUGACAAUGGCAUUUGUAACGACGGGCUGCAAGGGGACGGGAGCUGCCAGUGCUUCCCAGGGUGGACGGGCCCCACCUGCGAAGAAAGAAUCAAGAUUGACUUAUGCAACAACACUUGCCACCAAAUGGCCAACUGCCUCAACAGUUCCACAGAUUCCCAACCUACCUGCUUCUGCUCUGCUGGAUACACAGGGAAUGGGACCCAUUGCACAGAAAUAGAUCCCUGCACUAUCGACCAUGGUGGCUGCUCCAAGCACGCUGUGUGCACCAAAGUGUCCCCAGGAGAGAGAACCUGUGUUUGCAAGGAAGGCUAUGCUGGGGACGGGACCCUCUGCAUGGAAAUUGAUCUCUGUCUGGAAGGCAAUGGGGGCUGCCACACCAACGCAGAGUGCAUCAAAACAGGCCCGAAGAAGGUCGCCUGCAACUGCCUGCCAGGUUACAGUGGGGAUGGUGUGAGCCAGUGCAACCCCAUCAACCUGUGUGAACAGAACAAUGGAGGCUGCAGCCCCUUUGGGCUCUGCAAGUACACAGGCCCUGGCACCCGGAACUGCUCCUGCUCCUGGCACAGCAUUGGAGAUGGCUUCACCUGUCGUGGCAAAGUGCAUCAGGAGCUUGGAAGGAUUCCAGAUGCAUCCAUGUUCUUCAGGAUGAUACAGGCAGAAAGCAUCAAAGAACUCAGCGGGGCAGGGCCUUUCACUGUCUUCGUCCCACAGACAGAUUUCAUAGGAAACACCACCGUGUUUGAGGAGUGGAAGAGCAGAGGUCUCCUCAAGGACCUGCUUCGCUACCACAUGGUGGGCUGCCAGAAGUUGCUCUCCAGUGACCUGGAAGGCCAGGAGUCCCUUACAUCUUUAUCUGGCCACAGAAUAAAGAUCACAGUGAACGAGAAUAGCAUCACUCUCAAUGAGGAAGCCAAAGUGAUCACAAGUGACAUCGUGGGUGUGAACGGGGUCAUUCACUUCAUCGACAAGAUCCUCAUUCCCAGUGACCUGGAGGGCCAAAACAUUUCCUCGAAGCUCUUACAGAACGUCACGGAGGUGGCCGAGGCCUUCGGGUACAGCAUUUACAGCAAGCUGCUGCAGGACGCGGAGCUGCUGCCGCUGCUGGCGGAGCCGGUGCACAGACCCUUCACGCUGCUCUGGCCCACGGACGCCGCCUUCAGCGCCCUCCCGGAGAGCCGGCAGAAGUUCCUGUACCGCAGGGAGCACCGCGACGUGCUGGCCUCCUACCUCAAAGCACACAUGAUCAGGGACACCAAGAUUGUGGCUGGUAACGUGCCCCAAGUUGAAACCAUCCGGACCAUGCAUGGUUCCACCAUCUCAUUCAGCUGCAGCAAAGCCCACGUGGGGGAGAUUCUGGUGGGGGACGGCGACGCCACCAUCAUCCAGAGGCACAUGGAGUUCAACGGGGGCAUUGCUCAUGGCAUUGACAGACUGCUGGAGCCACCGGAUCUGGGAUCUCGGUGUGAUGAGUUCACCUUUGUUGAGCUGCAGGCACCUACAGAUAGCUGCGGAUUCUGUGGCUUCGAGCCACCCUGCCCUGCUGGCUCCGUUCAACGGGGGGAAACCAAGCGCUGCUACUAUUAUGGAAACCAGCUGCUGAGGAACACGUUCCUGUUCCACCGCAACUCCCUGCUGCGGCCGGCGUGGGGGCACUACCCCUGGGACCCCUUCAGGAGACACUUCUCCUCCCGGGGGCCUCUGAGACGGGGCUGCAGGAGGAGCUGCGUUUCCAGCCAGUGGCUCCCGCAGUGCUGCGCCAACCACUACGGCCGGGACUGCCGGGCGUGCCCGGGAGGGCUGGAGGCGCCGUGCGGCAACCGCGGGACCUGCGAUGACAAAAUCGGCGGCUCAGGGAUCUGCAACUGCAGCCAGGAGUUCAUCGGGACGGGCUGCGAGCUGUGCGCGCCCGGCAGAUACGGCCCGGAAUGCCGAGAGUGCAACUGCACUGAGAACGGUGUGUGCAAUGGAGGCCUGCACGGCGAUGGCUUCUGCUUCUGUGCCGAGGGCUGGACUGGGGACCGCUGUGAAAUCAGACUGGUGGUGACCCCCACCUGCUCUCCCCCGUGCCACGCCCAGGCCGCCUGCCGCGCCGGCAACCUCUGCGAGUGCGACCUGCACUACGAAGGGGACGGGAGGACCUGCUCAGUGAUCGACAUGUGCAGCCAGGACAACGGGGGCUGUGCCCGGCACGCUCAGUGCUCCCAAACGGGCGUGAACGUGUCCUGCACCUGCGACCCCGGCUACAGCGGUGACGGCUUCAUCUGCGAGCCCAUCGACCGCUGUGCCGACGGCAGGAACGGGGACUGCAGCGAGCACGCCCGCUGCAUCAGCACCGGCCCGAACGAGCGGCGCUGCGAGUGCAAGCAGGGCUACGUGGGCGACGGGACGCAGUGCCUGGAGGAGGCGGUGCCCCCCACAGACCGGUGCCUGGAGGACAACGGGCGGUGCCACCGGGACGCCGUCUGCACCGACCUGCACUUCCACGAUAAGACCAUGGGUGUGUUUCACCUGCAGUCACCCCGAAAAAAGUAUGACUUCACUUAUGAGCAGGCUCAGGCAGCCUGUGCUGCAGAAGGCGCUUCCCUGGCCACAUUCCAGCAGCUGGGAGCAGCGCAGCAGAUGGGAUUCCACCUGUGCUUGGUGGGUUGGCUGGACAAUGGCACGGCCGGAUACCCCACAGCCUACCCCAACCCCAGCUGUGGGUCCAGCCACGUGGGCAUUGUGGACUAUGGCUCCCGAAGCAACCUGAGCGAGACCUGGGAUGCGUUCUGCUACCAGGAGAAGGAUGUGACCUGCGCCUGCCGUGAUGGGUUUGUGGGAGAUGGGUACUGGUGCAGUGGGAAGCUGCCCGAGGUGCUCGCAGACCAGGACCGCUUCUCCACCUUCUAUUCCAUGUUGCUCAAUUUUGCCAAUGAGACAGAAGAAGGAAUGGAUUUUUUCAUGUAUUUGUCUGAUGUCUCCGCUCCCAAAACCCUCUUUGCCCCUCUGAAUUCUGGUUUUGCAGACAAUGAGACACUGACAGGAGAAGAACUGAAGCUCCACGUGUCAUCCAGCAAUGUCAUCCUCUUCAGCUUCAACCUCACAACGGGCACCAUCAUCCCGUCCCAGUCAGGAUACGACCUGCAUGUGUCAGACCUCCCAGCGAGCAACAGCACAGAGCACUCAGACGCCAAGGGCAUCAAUGACACGAUGAUUGUGGAGUGGGACAUCGCAGCUUUCAAUGGCAUCAUUCACGUGAUAGCAGAGCCACUGCGGAUCCCACCGCCCGUGGUUCACCUGGGCCAGGUGAACGGCGCGGCGCAGGGCUCCGUGGCCACGGGGACGGUGUCAGCGCUGUGCUUCGCGCUGGUCCUGGCUGCGGGCGCGGGCGCCGCCUACUACUGCGUGAGGCGGCGGCGGCAGCAGGGGCAGUUCGGGUACUAUCAGGCCGAUCUCCGCGGGGACGACGAGCACGAGGAGGAGGAGGCGGGGCCCCGCCCGGAGCGCGCGGGCGCGCGCGCCGCCAGGCCCCGCCCACAGCGGCCGCUCGUGGCCAUCCCCAACCCGCUGUACGGCGGCCACGCCCCCGACUACGAACUGCUGCACGACCCGCCCCUGGCGGACGCCGGCCCCGACACCCGCGCGUUCCUGCAGUGACCCCGCGCGGCCCCGACCGGAGCGCGCCGCCCCGCCGGGAAAUAAACAGCUCAGCGCCACCGGCCGUGCCCGCGCCUGCCUCGCCGCCCCCCUCCCACCGCCCGCCCCGCCGGUAGCGGCCGCCCCCGGCAGGUGGGAGCUCCAGCCCCUUCUCGCUCCCGCCCAGCGCCUGUCACGGCCCCGGAGGAGGUGGUGCCUGCCCAAACCUCCAGCACCCCGGGCGAGUUCAGCCGCUCCCGGGCACGCACGGCCCUCGGUGUUCACGUGCAGCAUCCCCCAGGGCCCGCCGGGCCUCGCUCCUGGGCCCUCCCCGUGCCCCAUGGUCAGGUACGAGUCAGGUCAGUCACGGCCCCGAACCCCCUCUCCGGUACCCCUGACUGCACUGCCGCUGCUGUACGGGCACCGACUGCGCCGUGCUGAGCGCCUCAGCCGCGCUCUGCCCAGUGCCCAGCCCGGCUUCGGCCCAGGCUGCCCUUGGCUGUGCCCCCAGGGGAGGCAGAGGAGCCCGCUGGGCGCAGGGAGCGGGUUAGUCAGUUAGUUACACAUGCUGCAGACAUUUAUUGAGCUACACACUACACACAGCACAAAGACAAGUGCCACAUGCACCUCCUACAGGUGUUUGAUUAGAGCACAUUAACAGAUUGUCCAAGCCACUGAGUUGAGCACAAGGCAUCUUGAAAGUGUGCGAGAGGCUGGCACAUGGCACAGAGACAAGGCAGUGACACACAAGUGACAGACUGACAGACCAGCCUGGCACAGCACGGGGGAGAAACAUGCAGGAGAAGAUCGUGUGUGUGUGUGUGUGACUCACUGAGGGUUGCUGUGCCUUUCUUUGAGUCACACAUCCUGGCACAGGGUCCCCCACCCUGGUUUCUCUUCCUCAGCUGCCCUACACUGACACCCCCAGCCCUCCCAGCCAGCACCAUGGCCCAGUGCUCACAAGGCCCUGGUGCCUGCCCCUGUGCUCAUCCCCAGCUCCCUCCAAACCCACAGCCCUUACCCACUCUGCAGUCACUCAUUCUGGUCCUGCUCACUGCCCAGCCCUCCUGUCUCUGUCCCCUCUCUCCUCCCUGUCACCUCAACACCGAUUGCCCCUGAGCAAGCUGGCACUGUCACCCUUGUUGCCAUCUGCAAAUGAUGUGGCAGUGAGGGGAGGAGAAAACCAAGGCAAUCACUAUCACCACUCCUUCAUCCUACAGCCAUCACUUCCCACAGCUGAGGGCAUGAGCUCCUGUAUCAUAGAGUCAACCAGUGUCAGAGUGGCACAAACUCCCAACACCCCCCCCACCUCACCUGCCCUCUGCGCAACACCCUGCAGGGCCCUGGGGCAGUCCAAAGCCUUCGCAGGACCAGCAAGGCCCUGAGCCAGGUGCAGAGCCCACUUUCUGCACCUCCCAUAGUAAACAAGCUCUCACCUCCCUGAGCCUCCUGACUGUCACCCUUGUCCCAUCCUCUAGACUCUGGCAUCACUGUUAGCAUCUCUUUGCUCUUCCUUCUGCUGAGGAGGCACCACAGGGCUUUGCCUGGCCACACUCACCCCCUCCCAAACAUCCUCACCUGCCCCUCCAGCCACAUCUCAGCCAACACAGGUGAUGGUCACCGCCUCUGCUGCCAACCCUGCACCUUCCCUGAGGGGCUGAACACAUCCCUCUGCAGCUCACAACAGACCACACCACAUCAAUUGCCAAAGUAUUGAUGUCACAUGGCUCCAAAACCAAAAUACCAACACUACACAGCCUUAAGCUUUCUCAAAACCCAGCCAUGUCCCCAGACAGUCACUUUGAGACCCUGUGACCUACUCCCACACCCAAGGCUUGUGCAUCCUGCCCUACCAGAGUCCCCAGUCUGGUGGGGAGCGGGAUGGGGCUGAGGGCUGCUGGACAGGUAACACUACUGAUGCUUUGUCAUGUGAUGCACUCACUGAUGGGCUUGAGUGGUUGCCCAGCUGGCAGCCCUGGGCCUCCCUGUCCAUCUGCAGAGUCACUCAUGCUGCAGUCCCAGGCUACGGGGGCAGCUAUAGACCUGGCACACCUUGUCACAACUCCUGUGGGCUGUUCUCACCAAGCACUGGAGAAGUGGAGCUCCAUGCCUGAGUCAUUUGUCUGGGCACAGAGCAGGGAGGGGCAGUGUCCCAU